CACUCACUCCGUUUCAUCCAGGGUGACGCCAGUCCCUCUCACCCCGCCCCGUUCAACUCAGUCCGCCGCGUUCAUUUCAUUCCUGCUCCCAUUCCGCGCAUAUUUCGCAUCCUUGGAGAGACGCGGCGCAUUUUACGCACUCAGCGCGCCCCGAUCCGUCACCAGAGCCAAGCCGAGAGCGGAGUCCGGAGUUGGCCGAGGGCUUCCCGGUUCUGCGGCGGCCCCGAUCCGUUGGGGAAAAGUGGGAAUUAAAGGAGGAAAAAGCGGCGUUUGGAUCGAGGUUGAUGCGGGUUCUGCAUCGACUGGCUGACCGUUCUCUCCAUUCCCGGCUGCCCUUCAAAAGUUAUCUGCACUGCGCCAAAUAAGAAACGUUGACCGUAGCUUUUUCUUUUUUUUUUAACUCUUCACCUUUUACGAGCUAAUUUCCACCAUUUAUAUAUAUAUUUUUUAAACCAAAACACCACCGUCAGCUAAGCACCGUUAGCUGCCAGCAUGGAGCGCAGUAGCUGGAGCGGCAGUGAGAGUCCAGGGGAGGACAUGGACAGACUCAGUGAUUCAGGAGGGGACAAGACUAUGGACGGUGACCCCGAGGGGGUCUGGAGCCCGGACAUCGAGCAGAGCUUCCAGGAGGCCCUGGCCAUAUAUCCGCCCUGUGGGAGGAGGAAGAUUAUACUUUCAGAUGAAGGGAAGAUGUACGGCCGAAACGAGCUGAUAGCCAGAUACAUCAAACUCCGAACAGGCAAGACGCGGACAAGAAAGCAGGUAUCCAGUCAUAUCCAGGUCUUGGCCAGAAGAAAAUCCAGGGAGUUUCAGUCCAAACUAAAGGACCAGAAUGCCAAGGAGAAAGCUCUGCAAAGCAUCUCGUCCAUGUCCUCGGCUCAGAUCGUCUCAGCCACCGCCAUACACAGCAAGCUGCUGCCUGGAAUAGUGCGGGCCAGCUUCCCCGGCAACGCACAGCUGUGGCAGGGGAUGAUUCCAGGAGGGCAGUCCAGCUCCACCACGGAAGACAUCAAGCCGUUCUCCCAGCAGGCCUACCCUGUGCAGACAGCAGGGACCACCACAAUCGCAGCCUACGAGCCCGCUGCUGCAGCCCAAACACACAGAGAGCCGGCGUGGCAGGGGCGAUCCAUCGGCACCACCAAACUACGACUGGUGGAGUUUUCAUCCUUCUUAGAGACACAGAGGGAUCAGGAGGCGUACAACAAGCACCUGUUUGUGCACAUCAGCCAGAACAGCCCGAGCUACAGCGACCCGCUGCUGGAGUGUGUGGACAUCAAGCAAAUCUACGACAAGUUCCCCGAGAAAAAGGGCGGCCUCAAGGAGCUUUUCAGCAAGGGCCCACAGAACGCUUUCUACCUAAUCAAGUUCUGGGCGGACCUGAAUUACAGCGUACAGGACGACUCUGCAGCCUUCUAUGGCGUCACCAGCCAGUAUGAGAGCUCGGAGAACAUGACCAUCACCUGCUCCACCAAGGUCUGCUCCUUUGGCAAGCAGGUGGUCGAGAAGGUGGAGACGGAGUAUGCCAGGUUUGAAAAUGGACGAUUCGUCUACAGAAUCAGUCGCUCUCCCAUGUGUGAAUACAUGAUCAACUUCAUCCACAAGCUGAAACAUUUGCCUGAGAAAUACAUGAUGAACAGCGUGCUGGAAAACUUCACUAUUCUGCUGGUGGUGAGCAACAGAGACACUCAGGAGACCUUGCUGUGCAUGGCGUGUGUGUUCGAGGUGUCGAACAACGACCACGGAGCACAGCACCACAUUUAUCGACUCGUCAAGGAAUAACACCCCCCCUUCUCAUUAACGAAUGCACAUCUAUGGCCUUUGCUUGGUGAAUAUUCACGGUGACAUUGGGAGGGAGAGAAAUAGAACCCUUAAAAACUACCAAAAUUUCAGUCCACCAAAAGAAUAAAAAAAUAAAUAAGUAAAAUACCUAAAAAUCAGUUAAGGAUGAAAGUGGCUUCACUUUCACUGGCACAUUAUAGACUAGCCAUCAACAAAAAGCAGUGACAAUGUAGCUGUGAAACCUUGUGAGAAGACUCGACCCGGCUGGUUUUUCCCAAGAUCUCCCCAACAUGAAGAGCAGCCGUCGUCUUUCCCACUAAUUGAGUUUUCUUUGAUCACGAGAAUAUGAGUGGGAUUCAUGUUAUGAGCUUUUGGGAAAAAACGAGAGGACGAAGAAGAAGGAAAAAAAAACAACAACUGUUUUCGCCCUCUGGUGGACAAAAAAAAGCAUUAUCAGCCAAGACAUACCGAAGGUCAGACCCUGUGUAUCAUCAAUAACCUGUUGGAGGAAUGGACAUUUCCGCAUUAUGGUUUAUUAGAAUAUAGAUCUGGAUGUGUACAGAUAGACUCUGCAGGUUGUGCCAGAUGAGCUCUUGCACAAAUCAAGAGGUUUGUCCCAAAGAAAAAGAAUCAAGUUUUUACCUUUUUGUAUGUUUUCCUUAAACACACACACACACACACACACACACAAAAACAAAAAAAAAUUUAACUUUGGGAUCUUGUUUAUGGAUUGUAGCAUAUAGAUUAUAUUUCAAUUCCCCCGAUUACUAUCUGAAAUUUAUAAAAGCAUAACGGGGGAAAGAGAAAAACCGAAAUUCAGGUACCUUUUUGUGCAGCAGGUGACUCUUCGUCCAGCCCUUUAGAUUUUAGUGCAGGUCUUACUGAAUCCAGCGCAGAAAUGGUGGAUUUCUAGUGAAGGCUGAGACAAAUGAUUCUAAACAUGAUCCAAGACACUGAGGCCAUCAUUUGAAACACACUGUAGGGAUUGCUUGGAAAAAGCACUGUGAUCAUUUUUCUUUUUAACAACUACAUCGUUUGUGGUGUCCAGCUGCCUGAUAAGCUAUAAUUUAACGCUCAUUUCAAGACGUGUUCCUCGUUUCAGUAUUUGUACCAGCAAAGUGGAGCCUUAAUGCCCAUACCGCCAAAACCUGAGAUACUUUCUCCGCUCAUCUUACGACGGACCGCCCUGACUCGAAGCCUUAGCACCUCCUUGCGUCAGGAUUAUAGCUCACACCCUUUCCCUUCGAUCAUUUCCGUACUUUAUGAAUCCGAAACCAAAAAGCACUGAUGGCGACGAAGAUGACGGAGUAUACUGUAGCAGGUGUCGUCCGACGGCUCGUCUGUGUUUGUGCUCAGCAGCGUGAAGUGCCUUUGGCUGGAGACGGCAGUAGACAUUUCUCUUCUGAUGGUCCCGUGUUUUAGAGGAAGCUCCGUAGACGUAAAUAAACUGUAGGUUUGGACAUUUGGUUUUCUGGUGUCUUUGUAGCCAGUGAUCUAAAGUCUGAUGUUUAAUGUAUUUUUCUUUUUUUUUUCUUUUAUGACGGUCAGCACUGGAACCUCCUGAAAGAUCUGUUUAAUUUCACAUAUGUGCCCGUGGGAUAUAUCCUUAUUCUUUUGGUAUUUAAUGGCAGUGUUUGCUUGUGUCUGUUUUUUGUGCUUCACAUGUGAGUGCUUCGUGUAAGGCGAGCUUGCACACUGGGUGUAAUAACCAAAUCUGUUUAGGAGAACUAUAGUUAAACAGAAGACCAAUUCGAACGUGAACCUCUGCGCCGUGAUUACCUUUAGGAAAAAAAAAAAAAAAACACCACGGUUUCUCUGUACUUGCAUCAAAAUUCUAAUCUAAACUGAUAUAUUUUAUUCAAAGCCGAAGGGCAACGCUUGCUCCUACUGCCGCUGGAGUGGAAAUGAUACAUAGAGGCUCUCAAACGUGUACACAUUUGUUUAAAUACCGAGUUUGGUGGUAUUAAAAAAAAUAGAUAUCAUUUAAAACAUUUUCCACAUAAUGCAACAUUUGUGGUUCAGCUCCGAAAAUAUGCAAUAACCUCGCUGCAUAAGUUUGCACACCCUUUAACUAAAACAGCAUAGAAACACGUUCUCUUCAUUUUCAGCAUUCAGUCUUCUUUCAUAGGACUCCGUCAGUGUCCCUCUUAUUGGCUUGGAAAUAUCUGCCCUCUCCACCUGGCAAAGUUCAUAUUUAUUUCUCAACUCUGGCCAAUUAUUAGCAAAACUUACGUUUUCGUCUCAUGAAAUCGUUAUUUUUGUUGUUUCGAAUGUAUGGUGGCACUCAGUAUGACGCUGGAAAACAAAACCAACCUUCAUCCAGCAGACCCCCGAAGGUUUUUUUUUUAUGGCAUAAACUGACUGGUUUGGAUAGAGCCCAGUUAAAUCUGAAGCAAUCCCAGAUCAUUAGGCUGCCAACACCAUUUUUUCACGGUGAUAAAUGUGUUCUUUCUUUGAUGCUCAGGUUCAGGUUUGGUUUGAUCAGGCUUGGUUUGGGCCUGGAGGUUUUCUUUGGUCUAAAAAGCUUCUGAGCUGCAGUCCUAAUGCUUGUGACGUUGCUCUUUUGCCUCAUUUGAUUGAAUUACAAAUAAUGUUUCGCUUGGCGAUAGUGCAUAAUUUAUACUGACUGUUUUCCGCUCUUCUCUUGAGUAAUACCUUUGUACAAUAAGAUCAUUUCAAUAAUUUAUAACCGCUCCAAGCAAUGGCUUUGGGAUUUUCUGACAUUUCUAUCCUUUAGCUAAAGUGGCAGCAAAUGUUUGUACUUCAGAUAACUGAAGGCAGGUGUGGCGUAGAGCAGACUGGAUGCUGAAACUGAAUUAUGAUGUGUUCACUGAAGGAUGCAGUGCACACUUUUACAGCCAGUUUAUUUCACUUUUCUCUUUUUAUUUAGAUUUUUAUUUUCAGUUUAACUGUGUGAGUUAAAUUCCACAUUGCAUUUAGAUAAAGUUUAAAGAUGAGUUAUCAUGGUCCUGUUCAUUGAAUCACAAAAGACCUGCAUUUUACCGGGGAUGUGAUUGAUUAUUACAACAAUUUGACCUAAAGCCUGCCCCACUGUAAGGUUGAAGAUGGCAGAUUGCGCAGGGCCUAUGGAAACAUCCGUCCAAAGCGGUGCUCCUGUAGUUAGAGUCGGACGCUGAAAAGAGGGAAAUAAAAUAUCAGGAGAUGGAGAUGGCUCUCAAAGCUCUUACGGUUUAGCAAAAGACGGCAAUAAGUUUAAUUUAAGUGUCCAGGCCGUUACUGUCCUUAUUUAUUACAGCCUAAAAUAUAUUAAAAAAACUGCCAACUUUGUUUUCUUUGUAGGCGUGUAGAACGUGUAGGAGACUUCUUUCAGCUAGCAGACCAGCAUUGUGCAGCAACAAGUGGGGGAGGGGCUGCAACGCUCGUUUUUAUACUCCGAGCGGCUGGAGAAACCUGGUCACUGCUCAUCCUCUGGCAUAAGAACAUCGUGAAGGGACAAUUUAACGAUUUGGUCUACUUUUAUACUGGAAACCAACCCAUACCUAUAGUCCAAGGCAUCUUAGAUUGGCAUUAAGGCUAAACUACAACAGCAACCUUUCCACUUCUCUGAAAAAAGAUACUCAUUACCGGUUUUACUAAAGCAGGCAGGAGAUUUAACUUGGAUUAGAAGAAAUCAAACUGUGUCAUCUGAGAGCUGUUCAAAUGAAAACAUGAAGAUCUCGCAUAAUAAAAGAUAAAUAAAAUAAACCCAAGCAUUCAGUGAAAUCCAAUUAAUGGGAAGAAACCGUUUGGAAAUACACACUCCCUGCAAGGCAGCAAUCAAGGUUGCUCGACUCAAAAGGACCUUUAACACGUUUAAUUAAUUAAUUUAUCGCUUAUUCUAAAGGAACAGGCUCCAACUGUUUUCAGGGGCGUAUUGGCUAGUAGGAAAAUAAAUUCAUCUGAUAAGGAAUGAGCCAUGAAAGCAGUAGGUGUUUAAAUCACCAGCUCUAUCACAAUACGAAGUUAUAUCAAUUUGUUUGGACGACAAUACAAUAUUCGCCGAUAUCACAAUGUCUGUUACGAUACAAUUACGAUUAAAUUCAGUUCACAAGUCUGCGAGCGAUAUGAUGCGAUAUCAUCUGCCCAUCUAACAGUAUUAUUUACAUUGAUAUCAACUAACAGAGCCCAAAAAUGAUUUGAUCAUUAUGUUUCUAAGUACUCACAGGUAUCAGGCAUUUAUAUAAAAAAUGGCGUUCUUCUAAUUUUAAAAUAAUAAUAAUAAUAAUAAUAGAUCAUCGGUUAACUAUCUUCCUAUACCUUGUGAAUUUUAAAAUAAAAGAAGUAUAUAUCGACAUGGAUUGAUAUUUUCAUUUUGCAUCGAUAUAAUUGGAAUCUUAAUCAAGAUGAUUAAUAUUAUAAAUGUGGUUACACCCCCAGAAAGCAGUAAAGGUUCCUGCAGUGCCUGGAUAGCUCCAGCUCAGGCUGCUUCGGGGGUUUGCCAGUGUUGAAAAUUCCUCCCAGACUUGUUGCAAUUGUGCCAAUUUUUGUUUUUAUUUUAACAGCUGGAAGAGUUUUCCGCCAAUCAGACGCUGAACUACCAAAAUCUGAAAAUGACAAUAGAUGCAAUGUGAAAAGAAUGAGGCCCAGAAGAGUUUAAAUAUUUAAAUCUGUAUGGUUAAAAACAAACAGAAAUGGUUAGAAACCUUCGCUGGACUCGCGUGGUCGAUUCCAGCUGCGAUGCUUAGAGCUGUCCAGAAGAUGAGGGGCUGUGACCUUCCGUUUGAAAUCCGUCUCCGCUAACCUUAAGACCUCUGAGGUUUUCGACCCUCGCCGAGGUUUGUCCCACGCUGCAGUAAUGUGUUUGCAGACAGGCUAAAAAAGAGUCUUUCUGUUCCGGUAACAACGCGCGACACGCGGGUGUUAAUCUAGCGGGCGGCCUCGAAGCCGCUGAUGCUGUUUGGACAGCGUCUACCACCUGCUUACCAAAGACGCUCGUUAUGUGGCACAGAGUAGGCCUACAGCAGUCUAGUGAUGUCAUGGGAGUCCGAGAAGGGUAGAAGCUGCUUAUUUCAAACAAAAUCAGUCUGGACUCUUAACAUCUCAGCUGGCAGACUCAGUUAGAACAGCAGAAAAACAGCCUCUCUAAACUGUGACUUAUUACAAGAGGCCUGUUAGCCGUCGCUCUGCUGUUCGCUGUUAAAUCUCCACUCGUCGUAAUGGCACUAAAGGCCAACUCAGUGUGUUUCCCCCCCGUGCCUGAAGGUUUCAGUGGAGUGGAAGUCUCUCAGUCACGGUCGCUUGUGUGCUUAAUGUCGUCUCGUGUGUGUGUGCGUGCGUGUGUGUGUGUGUAUGUGUGUAAGCGGGGCAUUUAUUUCCUCUCCUGAACCACGUUUGGCACAGAGAUCCUGUUUGUAAAUCAGCUCCGAAACGGCCUUGAAACUUUCCGCUCCGGUGCACGCGCAGCGCGUCUGUCCGUUCACCGCGGGUUUCCAGAAGGUGCUUUGUAUGAAAGUGACAAUAACCUUUAUUACAGAUGUUGUGUAUAUCUUUGAUAUUCUGAUGUUUAUCCUAUUUUGUGAAGAAGAGAGAACAUUUAGAAGAAGAAGAAGAAGAAAAAAAAGCCGCAGAUACUAGUAAUAUGUGUGUGUAUUGGUAUUGCACAGGGUCUGAUCUUUGCUUUGUAACUUUUAUCCCCCUCAUAUGGCUAAAAGUAUGUUAGAUAUUUUCUAGCUUUGUAGAGACUUUGUACGCAUAUGCUAUUCAGUUUAAAUAAAUUGUCAGUUCUAAACUGUGA